UAGUUUGCACAAAAGAUUGUGUAGAGAAACGAGAAAUAUUGUUUACAAUUUGAGUGUGUGUUGUGAUAUAUUGGUUUUUCUCUGAUCUGAUACAUCAACCGUGAUAUCCUAACGUUCUCGCUAAGACUUUCCUAUUCUCGCUGACAUAAUACUUGGUGUUCCUUGCAAGUUGCCUGAAUUUUGUAAAGUCUGUUGUUACUUCUUAAUCGUAAUAAUGGCUGAGACACAACGAAUGACCGUGUACGGAAGAUUCGCCCCGUGCGCCAGUUUUAGCAGAUUGGAGGAACGUCGGGCGAAGAGAUUGGCGUUGCGACACGAGAGGAAUCGCAAGCCGGACAAGCCGGACGACUUCGUGUGCUACGAGUCGAGCGACGAUGAGAGCGAGACCGUCAUUGAGGGCAAGCAAUUUCUACGAACGUCUUUCAACUUCGUGGAUUAUGUGCGUGCUCGUGAGACGCAUACUCGCGAAGUGCGUAAGAUCAACCAGGAAUACGGCUCCCGGCACAUAUUGACGCACGAUCUAUUCAAGGAAUAUUCCGUUAGUCUGAAUAACAUGAACAAAGUGUUUUGCUCGCAAUGGUUGAGCGACCGACAAGUGGUGUUCGGCACCAAAUGCAACAAACUCAUGGUCUACGACGUUGCAACGCAGAAGCUCGAUCAGAUACCAUCUCUUCACGGAAGACAGCCCAGUCCGGGCAACAACGUUAUACCCGAGCAACAAUGCGGUAUUCAUUCUGUUCAGAUCAAUCCUUCGAGAACACUUUUAUCUACCGGAGCGAGAAAUAGUAACGAAAUAGCGAUAUACAGAUUACCGACUUUGGAUCCGGUUUGCGUCGGCGAGAGCGGCCACAGGGAUUGGGUGUUUGACAUGUGCUGGUUGGACGAUGAAUUUCUAGUAUCGGGUUCGAGAGAUACGAAAAUGGCACUGUGGCGUAUUGACAGCGAUCUCGCUGAAUCUCCCGACAAAGCGGACGUGCCUACGCAUAGGUUGAUCCAGCCUGUCUGUGUGAAGGAAUGCAAAUCCGCGCAGAAAGUACGGGCGUUAGCAUUCAACAAAGCGUACAAGGAAAUCGCCGCGUUGACACUCAAUAAUUUUAUACAUAUCUGGUCGGCCGAGUCCUUCAAACAGAAAAUAUCUAGAAAGCUGCCGGCUUGUCAGGAGAACGUCUGCAUUGCCGUGCAGGACGAUGGUGUCUACGCGAUCGGCUGCAGAUCGUACACUCUACUUCUGGACGCGCGCACUUUGCAACCAGUCAAAAAAAUACCAUCAAGGUAUAGCGGUUGCGGGAUUAGAUCAGCCAGUUUCCAAGGAUCCGUUUUAACCAUAGGAACUGGACUAGGAAUGCUUAUGUUUUACGACGUUAGAGCUCAAAAAUAUCUAGAAUCUUCUAUAAAUUCCAAUAGAACUGUUGUAUUAAAGGCUUCAAAGGGAUAUGUGUUUCCAGAUGAAGAGUAUAUAGACGGAUUCCAAAACGUAAAGUACACUCCCGCCAUUUACACACACUGUUACGACGCAUCGGGUACCCGUUUGUUUACGGCGGGAGGUCCGUUACCAGCGAAUCUAUACGGCAAUUACGCAGGAUUAUGGCAAUGAAGAUUUAAGCUUAAGCAAAUUAAGACUAGUACGAUGAAUUGAAUGCUUGGUCGUGAGAGAAAUAGAAAUAGAAAUUUGACCAUCAGAUUUGAAAAUAAUCUCAGACUUUAGAAAGUUGCUCUCAAUUCAUUGAGUUUGGCUUGAUUUGAUGACUCUCAAAUAUUUUCUCUCGUGAAACUUUGAUACUCAAAAUUUAGAGAAAUCAUAUCAAAAUUAAUAAACAAGUUUUACAUUUCAGAAAACCAUACACAUGAAAUCUGAGAUAAUAUACAAAAGAAAAAGAUUGAAUUUGAAAGAUUGAAACCAUCAUUGGAAAUUACGUACACGUAACUUUUCCAAGUUUUUGUUUCAACGUAGAUUUUAACUAGGUAAAGAUAAACUACGACAGUGCAAUUAUUUAUGCGCGAGAGACGUCUACGUGUAUGAACAAAGGAAAAACACUUUGUUUUUACAACGGUACUGUUUCUCGCGCAAAAAUCACACAAAUAAGUUGUAAAAGACUUGUUACAUUUCUAUUUCUUUGUACAUCGUUGCAGAAAGUUUAUCACCAAUGUGUGGCCGAAAUACUACGUAUUUGGAGUAACACAAAAGCAGCGAUUUUUCUUUACUCAGAAUAAGUUUAUAUUUUGGCCACGGUAGUAAAUUUCUGUGAGGAUCAGCGUGUGUGUAUGUGUGGACAUUUGAUGUAAUAAUAUAUGUAAUAAUUAUAUAUUAAGUAAUAUAUUUAUGUUGUUACAAGCGAAAUUGUGAUUCGUAAUUUCUGCAUGCAAACGUAAUGUAACGUGUGAGGUAACGCUCGGCAAUAUUUUUUUGUUUUUUUUUUGUUUUUUUUUAUCCGAGUGUAAAACAACGUGUACGUGUUAUUUGUAUGCAUGACGUUACGAUUUUCAGAAUAUAGUUGUAGGAAAAACAAAAAAAAAAAACAAUUGGCAGACACGCGAGUAGCACAAAAAUCUUCUCCGAAUAACUUUUAUCUAAUUGAAUCGAGUGAAACGUGUGUAAUCCUGUAUGCCAGAUCUCUUUUAGGACAGAUUAAAAAAUUGAUAAGCUUGAGCGGAAGUUAGAAAAAAAAAAAAAAAAGACAAUUUUCACUUACUCGUAAGAUGUUACGUUGCGUAGUUGUAAUGAAUAUUACAUGUUAUCACGACGACAGAUGAGCGAAAGAUUAUAGAGAACGGGAUUGUCAACGAAACAUUAAGAAUAGUGAUGAAUAUACGAUAUAUAUAUAAGUCUUACCAAAUACAAAACUAUUAUAAUACAAUUAAACUACUGGCCUGAAAAAAAAGCAUGCAGUACAUUUUUAAAUAAAAUAAAAACAAAAAAAAAGUACCAUUAUUUUAGAGCGUAAUACAAUACCGAUAAUGCAAUUUUUACGCAUUACUGUGUUCUCACGUACUAUAACGCAAGAUGAUUCAGACUACGCCGUUCGGAGUUGGAUUUUAUCUCGCGACAAUCGCCCAUCUCUUGGACAUGGAAAAACGUUGCGUUUGAAAUGAUCAUAUUAGCCGAGAGAGAAUGAAGACAACGGGACUGUUCUAAAACUCGGUAGCACGAUAAUUCUAGAAAUAUUCCCUUCAAACAUCUCCGAGAAACACUUCGUAUUUGUUCGUAUCGCAGAACUUUAACUCGAAGUAGCAAUCACUUUUUUCAAGUUUAACCGAAGUUGGGUUUGACAAAUGUAAUAAUAUCCGGCUGUUCAAGUUUGACACCAAGCUCGUUUGCCAAACCGCGUCGUAUUUUCUCAUUCGUCACGCGGCCACGCGUUUGGCAACGCGUUUAGAGAAUAACGGACGACACGCGCAUUUCAUCAAUAAACCGGGAAUGUAAAAGGCACGCGCGAUCUGUGAUUGCAUAUAAAUGCCGCGUGCAGUAUCGAGAGAGCAUUUGUUUCUUAGUUUAUAUAUAAACACACACGCUAUAUAAACGUGUACAUAUACGUGUAUACACGUAUAUUUAACGCGUAUUGCAAAUCAGAGACUUCGGAUUGACUUCUUUACCUCCUCGGAAAUUUGUGUAUUUUGCGAUCGAUCGAUCGGUUUUAUUCGAUUUUACACUCUUCCCCGACGUCUUCGACUUGCAGCGCUCGAACGUAUCUAUUACAUGUACAAUCGGGGGCGCAUACGUUCUUCAUCUAUGUACGAGGUUGCAUCAAAAUAAUGCUCUUUAUUGUCUAAAGUACUGUUGAUGCAACUUCAUGCGGCACAUGUCCGUGUAUACGCCCUCGAGUGUACAAGAUGUCGGGAAACUUUUAACACGAUCAAUGGGUGAAGAUAGAUUGGAUCAACCUGACCCAAUAAAAGUCACUUAUUUUGCAAAAUUCGCGAUAUUGAAUCAUUAAUUAAGUAAUUUGGGCCAGUGAUCGCGUAGUGGUUCAAAAUCUGGGCGUGUGUAAUUUUCACAGUUGUAAGGAAAACUACUUUCUCUCUAAAUGUCCUAACAACCAGAGGGAGAGCAAACGAGCGAAUGUCAUGUGUGACACAGACUUCUUGCGAUCACAGCUAAUUGUUGCAAAUAAAAAUCACACACCCCGAAAUAGAGCCACUUUUCACACGCUCGUUGGCUCGCAUUACUUAAUUAAUAGCUCAAUAAAUAUUCAGCGAAUUUAACAAAAAUGACUUUUCCGAUUCAGAUUAACGCAAUUUAUCUUCACGCUUCGACUGUGUCACAAUUUCUCAGACACUCUGUAUAACACGCUAACAUCUCCGCAUCUCGUCUCUCACCGAUUGUAUAUCUUAUAACGAUUAAAUAUUUUAUAGUCGAUACGGAGUCCGACGAAUUUCGGUCGAACAAGCUCAAACACGAUUCAGGAAGUAAUAGAAGAACUCGCGACCUUAGGGUACACACACUAGCGGUAUGCUUAGACAAAAUAAGAGCUCUCAUCUCACAUUGGACGUCACGUCAGUCAUCAGUCAUCGCGCGCGCGAUGAAUCACAUCGUGAAUGCCGCUCUCUUCCCCAUUGCAUUGAGGCGCGUUUCAGCGUCGGAAUGUACGUGGCCAUUACACGCAUCAUUCGUUCACGAAACGCGAAGAGAUUGUCCCCAACGAUUGAACCGUCGUUGAAAUUUAUAUCAUAACGGAAGAUGAAGAAGUGUAUGUUAGGGAAAAAUAUUAUUAUAUCGACAACAGACUCUCGCGCAGAUUGAGUUGUUAAACAUUUAUAUAUAUAAAAUAUAUAUAUAUAUACAUACUUAUGGAGUCUCACACGCGAUACUGCAUAAGCUAGAUAAAUGUGUGCAUUAUAAUCCGAUAGCUCUUGUGUAGUCUCUCACACGCUCAUCUCCACGUAAAAAAAAAAAAAAUAAAACAAAAAAACCGAUUCGAUACGCGUGCACGACGUGAGAGAAGCCACAUUUGUUUUUUGCCAAAAAAAAAAAAAAAAAGAAAAAAAGAGGUAGAGAGAAGAUUCAUCACACUACUAAAGCAUCUACUAGCGUUAUCACAGAGAAUAGUGUGCAAACAUCUACACAUAGCGUAUCUCUCUCAUGCGUCUUCGCGACAUGUAUCUGCGAUACUUGCGAAUGGGUUUUAAGUUCAAAAUGUUCAAAUCGCGCGUAAGGGAAUUCACGCAAUUCAUCAGAGCAUGAGCAAAAAAAAAAAGUAAUUUUACAUCUGAAUUUGAUGUGUUUUUUCACCGAAACACGUUCCGAUAGCCUAUUUUUAUAAAACAAAGCAAUAGUUGACGAGUAGCUUCUCGAGAUCUUUCUUGGCAUCGUUUCACGCUCAGAUCGCAAAAUCGAAAGAUGUACAUUAGAACGAGAAUUCAAACCGCUGCCACACUUACAUUACGUAGUAGCGAUUUAUCAGAAAAAAAAAAAAAAAAAAAUAAGUCAAAUAUAAAAUGCAAUAAUAAUAACAGAGAGAACGAGCGUGACAAUUUUAUAUUUUAGACAUAUAAUAUAGAGCAACACGUGUGUACAUAACAUUCUCGACGGCAGUGCGUUUCGCGUCUCUUUGGGUUCGUCUCAUAUCGUCUCAGUGUGUAAAAUCCAUUCUAUCAGGUGGCAGGGGUUUGAAAUGUAAUACAAACUUUUUUGGUAAUUUAUUACGGCGAAACUUUGCAUGUGCAAUUCAACGGAAUGGUGAACAAGGCAAACAAAAACAAAAUAAAACUAUAUCGUUGUAACUUUAUAUAUGUGCGACUUCGUAUACACAUCUAUGUAAAUAAAUAUUACAAGUUCUUGAGACUGACACGUCGUCGUUUACCUUCUCCUUCCGUCUUUUUUUUUUUUUUUUUUUUUGUCUCUCUUUCUCUCUUCCUCUCGGGAUGUGACAACAAACGCGCGUGAUUGUGUUUGUUAAUAAUUUAUUUGACGACAUGGUACCAAUACACAUUUCUCAAUAUUGACAAUCGUCACUAACAACGUGUAAAGUAGAGAUGUAUAUACCGCGUACAAAAGGCGCAAAAUGUUGAUAAAGUUAUUUCUCUUUUUGUUUUUCUCCUUGCGAUUUAACAAUAUCCCGCGCGCUGAUAAUUUCAUCGGGAUCAAAUUCGCAAUCAAAUCAGAUAUGUAGGAAAUUGGUUCUCCUUUUUUCUUUUUUUUAAUCGAGUGAUAUUGUAAAAAACGUGUAUACGUACGUAUGUACAUAUAAGCGAUAGCGUUAAUAGUGGAUUGUGUCGACCGCACACGUUUCAUGAUAUUUUUUCGCAACGUGUGCGCGUGUGUGUGUGUGCGCGCGCGCUACUAUUUACGCGUGUCAAUGUUGCUACACUGUGCACAGGCACGGUACAAAAGUAAUAUCCUCAGUAGUUUUAUUGAGAAAAUUUGCGGUUUUCACAAAACGAAACUACAAAAUCCUACUCCGUUACGACGUGAUAAAAAC